AUGAGCUGACUGAGGCAUCAUAGCAGUGUACGAGGAACACCAGCAGCAUGGGGAAAGAUGGUAGCUCUAACGGUUACAGUAUCCACAGAGAUGAUGAUGAUGAUGAUGAUGGUGAUGGUAAUGCCAAGAGGGUGCCCUUGCUAAGGGCCAUGGUGGCUUGUGGGAUAGUCGCGGUAGUUUAUAUGUCAGGUGUUUUAGCCAUGUCACCAGUUGUCACCCAGUUGGUGAGAAAACGGAUAGCCGAGUCCUACACCAACAAUACAAACGUUAGCAAUGGAAAUGGGAACAUCUGCAGCAGGAACAAAAGCAACGAUGACAAUCUGAUUAGAGUAAAGAUCCAGCAACAAUCGGCGGACAUCUUGCUGUAUUUAUCAAUCUCUGGAUCCAUUAUUUCCAUCUUCGUCAACCUGGUUAUAGGAUCCUAUUCCGACUUUCUUGGAAGAAGAGUCCUAUUCUUCAUGCCAAACCUAGGGGCGGCUCUGAAAGCAACAGUUCUCUGUCUUGUCAUAGCGUUUCGGCUUUCCCUUGACUGGCUCUUUUUGGGUUAUGUUUUGGAGGGUCUCUCUGGGUCUUAUAACGGGUAUUUACUGGGUGUGUUUGCAUACACUGCAGAUGUCACGGAGCCUGGAAAGAAACGCACUAUUAUGAUAGCCAUUGUGGAGGGUUUCUUUGCUGUGGCUGGGUCUGUCGGCCAGUUGGCCGUUGGAUUCCUCAUAGAUAAGGUCAGUUACUUGUACGCUGCCAUAAUGAUUACCGCCAUCUUUACUCUGCCACUGAUCCUGAUAAUUACAAUCCUACCUGAAACUAUGACCGAGAAGGUGGAAAAACAUUGGUCUCCGCUGCCACACAUCAAGAAGGUUUUGGGUUUCUUCUUCGCACGAGGUUCGGGCAAACAGCGAGCUAUGUAUAUACUAGCAUUGCUUAUAUUCUUUUUUGGGAUGUUCCGAAAUAUGGGAAGGUCAAGCCUGGAAAUUCUGUAUCAAUUAGACAAGCCGUUCUGUUGGAGCCCUUUGAAGAUCGGCUAUUAUGGUGCUAUCAGACUGUCCUUCUCUGUUUUGUGUGGCCUCUUUGGACUCAAACUUUUACAACCAUGUUUUCGAGACAUGACAAUUGCGUUGAUUGGAUUAGCUUUCGGCACCGCCUCGUUGGUGAUAGAGGCACUGGCUUUCAAUGACUGGAUGCUUUAUUCGGUUCCUCUGGUCAGCCUUAUAUCAUUCACCGUCGUCCCUGUUGCCCGAUCUGUCAUGUCGAAGAUGACGUCAUCGACUGAACAAGGUGCUAUGUUCUCCAGUAUUGCGGCCGCGGAGGGUGUGUGUGGCACCCUGUCGCAGACAUUGUACAACACCGUCUAUCGCGCUACUGUUGACACAUUCAGAGGUGCGGUCUUCUUCGUAAUGGCCGGAAUGGGAGGAAUCUGCGCUGUUUUUAUUAUUGCAUUUCUCUACAUAACGAAGGGAGACGCCCAAGAAUCACAGUCUGUUGUCGAGCCUCCGGUCAAAGUCGAAAUGAAGUCACCCAGCGAACCACCAUGACGUCAUCAUGACGUAACUCACAUGUGACGUCAGCAGUAUAUCAUAUGGAUGGUGUUUGCAGCUGUCUAACAUAACCAACAGGAGCAAACGUGCUUGUACUAAACGGUGAAUUAUGAAUAAAAAUG